AUGGUAGCGGAACCUGUACAGGCAACGCUCCAGACAAUUGAACAUUUCUAUAACCAAACAUCUCAGUUUGUCUCGUCACAACAAGACAAGCUUGCCCAUUCUGGAUACAUCGAUAAGUUAGCUCAUCUAAAUCCUUUCUCAUCAGAGAGUCCUGCCUCUUCCGAAACGUUGGGAUAUGUUAGCAGAAGACAACUGGCGCUUCCAGAGCGUAUGAUCGAGAAUUUCACAAAGCAUAAGCACCUCUAUAUGAGUAUUCUUACUGUUGGGCUCGGAGCUGGCUGCUACUAUUGGAACCAAGUAAGGCCAGGGAUAAACGUCAAGGAGCAACCACGGUCCAAACGCCGUGCUCCCAAGUUAGCCAACGGAGCCAGGAGGGAUGUGAUUUUGAUUAUAGGCUCACCCACCGAGCCAUUGACCAGACUAAUUGCUCUCGACUUCGAAAAGAGAGGGAUGAUAGUAUACUUGACGAUACUUGACGAGAAGGACCGUAGGUUUGUGGAGUCCAAUCCAAUCACAGACGAUAUUAACUACUUCAAUUUGAGCGAAACCACCAGCUUGGAGUCUCAGUUGGGCAAAUUCCAGCAGCUUUUGGAGCUCCCAGUGGUGCCAUUCCCCGGAGCCGAACCUCAUAACUUGAGAUUGGUGAGUGUGGUAUUCACACCCAGUCUAUACUUCCAAGCAGGUCCAAUAGAGAAUAUCAGUAUAGGUACAUGGGCCAAGAUCAACGAGAGAAUCCUCCUCUACACCACCUUGUUCUCGUCAGGAUUGAUCGCCUUGAUCAGAAACCAGGAGAGCAAGACCAUCUUGAUCAACCCUAACAUCAUCAGCACAUUGAACAUGCCAUACCAUUCUCCCGAGACAAUGUACCAAAAUAGCAUGAAGCACUUGUUCACCGCCUUAGCAAGAGAAUUGAGCCCUCAAGGAUUGUCUGUGACCCAAGUGAGAUUGGGCAAUCUUCACAUUUCUAACCAGAGCAGGGCGUCAGGACUGAAGAUCUCCAAUUUGGUCAAUUCUGAGGUCCGUAGCUGGGAUCCCCAAAUGAAGGAGUUGUACGCCGAGAAGUUUUCCAAAACAGAGUUCAAGUCCAAUCCCAUCAGGGCUUCUGGUGGCAGAGGCACAAGCUUGAGAGAGUUGUACCAUACCUUGUUCGAUUUGACCUAUGGCAAAGGAAGAAACUCGUCGGUGGUUUAUUGUGGUGCUGGAGCCAGGUCUUACGAUUUAGUCACAAGAAUAUUCCCCGAGUCAUGGAUUGACUUGUUCUUGAUGUAG